AAUACAACCCAUCUUCCCCUCUUCACAUAUAUAUAUUAUUCUUCACUUGCCUAGGUUUUAGCUCUUCCAAAGAUUAUAUAAUUUCUUAUUGUUUCCCCCUUCCCUAAAUUUCUGAUAAGCUUAGGAAUUGAUCUCAUGGAAGAUCACCGCCAAGAUCCGAACAGCCCCGGUGGCAACAGCCAGGAGAGGAGCAGCGAGCCGGUGCGGUCGAGAUGGACCCCGAAGCCAGAGCAAAUCCUCAUCCUCGAGUCCAUCUUCAACAGUGGGAUGGUGAACCCCCCGAAGGAUGAGACCGUGAGGAUCCGUAAGCUCCUCGAGAAAUUCGGAGCGGUCGGGGAUGCCAACGUCUUCUACUGGUUCCAGAACAGGCGGUCGAGGUCGCGCAGGAGGCAGCGGCAAAUGCAGGCGGCCAGUGCCCUGGCCGCUGGCGGAGACCCGGGAAACAAUAACGAUGCCCACCAUCAAAACCAUCACCCUCAGUUGCUAGGAGGUGCAAUUCACAGUAGUGAGGGCAGUUCUGGCACGCCUUGUGGUAUGGGCUAUGCACCACUUACUAACAACAACAAUUACCCUCAUUGUCUGCCGACAAGUUACCAUAUCGGGUCAUCUUCAUCGACUAAUAACCUCUUUGGAGCCAGUCUCGGCCAACCAGACGGGACCGAGAGCUUCUUCUCGAUCCCCGGUCAAGUGGUGGGUUUCCCCGAAACAGACCAGAGCUCCAUGUUUUGCCCGUCCGAGACUUCGAGUUUGCCCUACCAGUCGGGAUACAUCACAGUGUUCAUCAAUGGGAUCCCAACAGAAGUGCCAAGAGGCCCAUUUGACAUGAAAGCAGUGUUUGGUCAAAGUGCAGUUUUGGUCCACUCCUCUGGUGUACCUUUGCCCAUGAAUGAGUUUGGUUUCUUAAUGCAGAGCUUGGAGCAUGGUGAAAGCUAUUUCCUGGUUUCAAGACCAACAUGACGAGGUUUCUUUGCCUGCACCAACGAUGCUUCGUACUAGGAACAGCUAAUAUAGUUGCAGGAUUUCGAGUCAUACAUAACAUGAAAGCUCAUUAGUCGAUAUUCUAGCAAUGGAUUAUACAGAGAUAUAUUUGGCAAUCGUCUCUCCACAGAUACAUACAAUGUAUCCACCCGUGGGAAUUGAUCAGGAGGACAAGAGAAGCCAUACAUCGAUCGUUUGGUGUCAUCUAAUUUAUGUGUAUCUGUUUUUUUUUUUCCUUCAGUUAUCCUAGGAUUAGAUUUGGGAAGUUCUUCUAUGCACUUGUGAAAUAUUUGGUGAUGGAAGUGAUUAGUUCAUAUGAUGAUAUAGAAUUAUAUUGGAAUUGAAUAAAAAUGUUUGGGGUGGCAUUUGUCUUUCA